GCUCGUCGGUCACCAUGCAAGAUGAAAGCUCUCGCGCAGGAAACACAGCGAAGUGAACCUCACUGACGAGGGCCUCGUCUGGCGUGACUUCCCGCGUGUCGAUUCUCUCGACGCUGGCAGCGAGGUCCAGCAUGGAUCACUUACCUGGCCAAUCCUCUCCGAUCUCACUCUGCAAUCUGCCAGUCCAGUGCUAAGGUGUGAGUGUUGAUUGCCAUGCUUCGUGUUGUCUCCCGUCUCGCUCAACCGUCCCGACGUGUGACGCAAGUCGCGGCCAAGUCCUUCGUCGGAUCCGCAUCCUGCCACGGCCUGCAGUGUCGUUGCGGCUCGUGCGCUAGGAAUCAAUGGCGCCACUUCUCGGUGCAAUCGCAGCCGCACUACGACAUCCCCAAGACGCAGACGGCCAUUAUGUAUGAGUCUGAAGGAGCUCCGCUUCAAGUCCGCACGGACUGGCCGGUGGUGCAGCCGGAAGACCUUCAAGCCGGCGAAAUCCUGGUGCGCAUGGCCUACAGCGGCGUGUGUCACUCGGACGUGAUCAUCUGGGAGGGUGGAGGUGCUCCUGUUGGCAAGAAGAUGCCGCUGGUCGGCGGCCACGAAGGCACGGGCUACGUCGCAGCUAUCGCCGAGAACACCAAGACAAAUCUCAAGGUCGGUGACCCCGUGGGCGUCAAGUGGCUGGCGCACUCGUGUCUCGGCUGCGAAGAUUGCCGUAAGGGCCACGAGACCACGUGCGAGAGCGUCAUCAUGCACGGAUAUACGAUCGACGGCUCAUUCCAGCAGUGGUGCGUCUCCUACGCAGACCACGUCACGCCGAUCCCAAAGGGCUAUGACAUGGCAGCCGCUGCGCCGCUACUGUGUGCCGGUGUGACGGUGUACUCAGCGCUUAAGGAGAUUGGAGGUGCUCCAGGGGAGUACGUCGUGAUCCCCGGCGCCGGUGGAGGCUUGGGUCAUCUGGCUUGCCAGUACGCUCGAUCGAUGGGUUAUAAAGUCAUUGCUAUCGAUUCGGGCGACGACAAGCGUAAGCUUCUGGAGGGCUACGGUGUUAAGCAUUUCAUCGACUUCAAGGACGGCGACGUGGUCGGACAGGUUAAGGCGAUCACGGGACGCGGAGCUCAUUGCGCUUGUGUGGUGGCCGACACUGAGUCUUCGUACCAGGAUGCACUGCAGUACAUUCGUCCGCAUGGCACCGUGCUGAUGGUGGGCGUACCCAAAGGUGGCUUGCUGCCGGUGCCGAUUGAACCGACCGUGGCCUUCGCGCACCGCAUCAUUGGUACCAACGUGGGCAACCGUCAGGACUCCAUCGAAACGGUGAACAUCGCUGCCGACGGAGCGGUGGAGACGUUCUAUAACGUCGAGCCGCUCACGAACCUGCCCGACGUGUUCAAGCGGAUGAAAGCCGGCACGCUGUUCGGCCGCACUGUGCUGGACUGCGAGUGAUUGAGUAUGUUAGUGUUUGUGGGCGUAGCCAGAAGCCUCUGCGUGGAGAAGUAGGAGAGUCGUCACGUUUUGAUAAAAGUCGCUUUUACUAGUUGAAGAGUGGAUACAUUUAAAGCUGUUGCUUUGCUAGCCGAUACGGCAGCCUCUGCACUACACUGC